CCAACGCCUCCCGGCCGCCCCCCCCCCCAACUGGCACCCCCAACCACCGCUGCCCCAGGAAUCACAGAAUUGGGCCCUAAACACUGACAUCCCCAACAGACAAGCGCACACACACGGAGCAACCACAAGCGUGGCCUCCAGCCCCACGCAGCUACAGAAACGCACACUUGAGCGCACCCACCAGCUGGAAUGCAAGAAACAGAAUUACAGCUUUUCCAGCUCUACUCAGCAGGGGGCCAGGGUCCUCACUUUAUAAACAUUCCCAAGCCUGUGAGAGCAGAGGGCACGGAGAUGGUGUGAGACAGAAGCCCAGGGGAGAAAGACAGAAACUAAGACCGAAGGAGAAAAACAAAGAAAAGCCAGAGACAAGACCAGAAGAGAGGCCAAGAAGGGAUCGCGAGGGCUGUGCUACAGGAAUGACCCUAAGGAUGCUCUGGGCUGGACAGGCGAAGGGGGUCCUGGGAAGCUGGGGGAUCAUCUGCUUGGUGAUCUCUCUGCUCCUCCAGCAGCCAGGAGUCCACAGCAAGUGCUACUUUCAAGCUCAAGCCCCCUGCCACUAUGAAGGGAAAUAUUUCACCCUGGGUGAGUCUUGGCUCCGCAAGGACUGUUUCCAUUGUACCUGUCUGCAUCCCGUCGGUGUGGGCUGCUGUGACACGUCCCAGCAUCCCAUCGACUUCCCUGCAGGCUGUGAGGUACGUCAGGAGGCAGGAACCUGCCAAUUCUCCCUGGUGCAAAAAUCUGACCCUCGGCUACCCUGCAAAGGGGGAGGGCCCGACCCAGAAUGGGGCUCAGCUAACACCCCUGCUCCUGGGGCUCCUGCUCCCCACUCCAGCUAAACUCAACUGAUCACCCUUCU